AUGAGUAUACAGGACAAGGCAGUUGUGAUUGUCGGAGCCGGUAUUGCUGGGUUGAAAGCAGCUUCGAGGCUUUACGAGUGCGGCGUUAAGAGUUGUGUAGUGCUGGAGGCUCGGAAUAGGAUAGGUGGCCGGUUGCACACCGUGGAGGGUUAUCAAGGUCGUAAAUAUGAUCUUGGAGCUAGCUGGCAUCACGAUACUCUGAGAAACAAUCUGUUUCUCGAAGAGGCGCAAUUGCCACCAUCAGAGAACGGCCCUCGAUUUGUGUUUGACGAUGACCAGGCUAUUCUGAUAGAUCAAGAUAGGGGGCGAGUAGAUAUGGAUCCGGAGAUGAACUUGGAGAUCCUUGAAGAGGAAUUGAGCUCGUACACAGAUCAUGAGUUCCACCAGAAACUUGGAGUGGCUGAUUGCUCGUUUUACGAGAUGGUGAUGAGAUACCUCUUUGAGAGGCGCCAAUUUUUGACUGACGACCAGAUUCAGUAUCUCCCACAGGUCGCGCGGUUCUUGGAAUUGUGGCAUGGCGUGGACUGGACGAUUUUGAGCGCUAAGGACACCUAUUUCGGCCAUAUUGGCAGAAAUGCAAUGGUUUUAAAUUAUGAUUCUGUAGUGGCGCGUAUUGCCAGCAGUUUUCCAUCUGACUGGAUUAAAUUGACGACGGAGGUGCAUUCUAUCAAGAGAGAUGGUAAAGUCUUCGUCAGUACCAGGAAUGGUGAGCAAUUUCGGUGUGAUCAUGUUAUAAUAACUAUACCGCAGAGUGUUUUAAGUCUGUCGCUAAAGGAAGGUGAACCUAAAGAGCUGGGUAGGAUUGCUUUCGAGCCUCCUUUGCGGAUGCCAAUCACAAAGGCGUUUGAGAAAAUGCACUACGGUUGCCUAGGGAAGGUUAUAUUUGAAUUUGAAGAAUGCCAGUGGUCCAAGGAAAGAUCGAGGAUAACGACUCUCGCAAACUCCAAUAGAGAUUUUGUCAGAAAACUAAGGACGAUAAACGACUUCCCGCAGCUGCUCGAAAGUUUAAAUGAGGCCGAUAGGGGAAAGGAGCAGUUGGAACCGUGGGACCAUCCACAUGUGUUCAUCAACUUGGCCAAGGUUACUGGAGUCCCCAGCCUCGUUAUGUUGAUACAGGAACCGUUGACGCAGUUCAUAGAAACGUUAGGGGAUAAGAACAUCGUAUUCAAGUUCUUUGAGAGUGUUCUUAACAAGGUAAUGCUGACGCUGGGCAGUGGCCCGGUCGUUAAUGGUAUGGACAAGGAAAUCAUCAGCACCGCUGGGUCGCCCAUAUUGAGAAAUAUCAUUGUAACGAACUGGAGUCGUGAGCCUUAUUCUCUCGGAGCUUACACGGCGUGCCAUCCUGGCGAUGACCCAAUCGACAUGGUGACGGCUUUGACGGCCGGCCAGGAUGACAGGAUCAGAUUCGCUGGUGAGCACACUAUUAUGGAUGGUGCUGGAUGCGCUUAUGGUGCGUGGGAGAGUGGUAAAAGAGAGGCCGAUUACGUGUUGGCCAACACAUCUAUAUAG